UACCAAUCACUGUUGGAAACGAAGCUCUUGAGAGCACAAUAACAAGACAGCUUUUCGAUGAAAAACUGAAAAAUUAAUUUUCUAGUGGAUGCCAUCGCUUGAUCAUGGAUCCUAUAGAAGAAAUUGUGUACUUAGAGGAACAUAUGAAAAUUGCUUUCAGUGUCAUGAACGAUUUACGAAAAAAGAAAGAAUUAUGCGAUGUCGUUCUUCACGUGGGAGAACUGGAAAUCUUUGCUCACAAGGUUGUCUUGGCUUCAUUUAGUCCAUAUUUUUACGCCAUGUUUACGAAUGACGUUUUGGAAAGUCGCCAAAACAGCAUAACUCUAAAAUCGUUGGAUCCGAAGAGUGUGGAACUUUUGAUCGAGUUCGCGUACACAGCGCAGAUUCGAAUCACAGAAGAAAAUGUUCAAGAGGUGCUACCAGUGGCUUGCAUAUUACAAAUCUGUCCCGUUAAAAAAGCCUGCUGUGACUUUAUACAAUCACAACUUGAUCCAUCGAACUGUAUCGGUAUAAAAGACUUUGCAGAAAUUUACGGCUGUUUGGAUUUAAGCAAAGCAGCGGAAAAGUUCAUAUUUCGCCACUUUUUACAAGUCUCGGAAUGUGAAGAAUUUGAAACCUUGCCUAAGGAUCGCAUAGUCGACUUUAUAAGUCGAGAUGAGCUGUUUGUGAAGUCCGAAGAUGAGGUUCUUGCAGCCUUGUUGAGAUGGGUAACUCACGAUCUGAAGAACCGAACGCAGGAACUGAAGGAUCUCCUGAAACAUAUACGAGUGCCAUUUGUUUCAAACACUUACCUGAACUCUAUCAUCGAAUGUUGUGAACAGGGCAUGAGAUCUGAGUUUAAAGAAAUAUUGAUUGACGCUUUUUCAGAAACAAAGAGAUUUUCUACACUUAGCACAGUUCACAAACGAUGCCCCCCUGGUCCAACUGUGAUGUACUUUGCCGGGGGAUACUUGAGAAGAUCUCUUGAUGUUUUGGAAUGUUUUGAUCCUCAGACACUAAAAUGGACCAUUCUCUCCCCAUUGUCUGUGCCCAAGAGUGGUCUUGGGGCUGCUUAUGUUG